UGUAAACCUGAUAAAGAGCAACAGUGGCAAAAUGCAUCGGCUAAUACAGUAACGAAAAAGCUAACAGAAUUGGCUAAGUAUUUUACUGAAUUAACUUCAUUUCUUGAAUCUUUAAAAAGUUACUCUUUAUGUGAAUGGCAUUACAAUCAGAUUGUUGCUAAACCUUCUUUUAUUAAACAAUUUAUAGACAAAUCAAAUUUAGAUGAGAGUGAAAGAAAAAGAGUAAAGCUUUCUAAUAAAAAAAGUUUUGCAGAUUUUAGUGCUCAAGUUAAUUCAACUUCCAUUAAUUUUGGUGCUCAAGUUAAUUUAACUUUCAUUAAUUUUGGUGCUCAAGUUAAUCCAACUCCUGUCGAUUUUGGAGUUCAAGUAUCUUUACCAGAUCCAAUAUAUGAAAGUCUUUUAGAGCAGAUUAGUAAGCUUAAAAGUGCUAAUAAGCAAUUAUUAGCCAAAAUAAAGA